ACUUUAGAUAGCGCAAGCUAAUGUUAACUAUACUGAGCUGCUUGUGUCUACUAUGCUAACAAUCUCCCAUGGAUCAGCCAUCAGUUAAAUCCACGCCAGGAUGGCCGGAUCCCAUCGGAGAUUUGGCCCAAGUGCUGAUGACUCUGUCUCAUCCUGCUGCUAUAUACUGGGGAGACGAUAUAAUGCUCUUUCACAACAGCGCUUGGGCGGACGCCGCUGGUGGCAUUGAUAGGCAAAAAACGCUGCAGCGGCAUGCUCUUGCGAACAACACUGUUGCCGUGUUGUUGACGGUGUCUCAUGGUGGCAAGGCGGGUGCAUUGCGGGGCCAGGAUUUGUUGAACACUGAUCGAUGUGAGACGGAUUGGCAUGUCUUACUGAGUCAGAUACCGGGCGUGACUGGUGUUAUCGCCCAGUUACUUCCUAAGGUCCAUUUUCAAAAACCAUUCGACAAUGAUACCGCAGACGAUAAGGCACGCAAUGGUGCAAUGGAUGACUCGACAGGUGAUGCUGGGAGUUCUGUGACGAAAGACAUCGAUAAUACGUCUCUUCAAACAAACGAAUCCGUGAAACAGCUUGCCGAUACAUUACCAGCCGGGCUCGCCAUUAUCAACCACAAAGGCGAGCCUGUAUUCAUCAACGGACGCUUUCAAAAUCCUCAUUUCUAUGGCAGUAAAAAAUACUUCGACUCUCUAUCACAGUCCAUUCACCAAGACGACUGUGACCGAGUCGAAAGUGCGUACCAGGAGGCACUGAGGUCCAAAAGCGAACUGCGCAUCCAGUAUCGUGCACGAAAUCAGCCUGACUGCUGGCAAUUGCUUUUACUGAACCCCCUUGGUCAUGAAGACGUGCAAUACCCUGAUCUCCAUAAUCAUGGCGGGUUCACCUGCACGGUUGUGGACAUUACGGCCGAAAAGACUGCGGAAAUAGAACAGGCAAAGUCAGCGCAAGAGGCGCAAGAGCACAAGGAAAAACAAGAACGGUUCAUUGACAUGAUCAGCCACGAGAUUCGCAAUCCACUCUCCGCUAUUCUACACUGCACCGAAGACAUCAUAGACGCCGUGAAGGGCAAGAAAGCGCACCAAGUUCAGACAGAAGAUAUCAUACAAGCGGCGGAGAUUAUCAACUUGUGUAUAUUGCAUCAAAAGAAAGUCGUCGAUGAUGUCCUCUUGUUCUCCAAACUGGACGCAUCCAUGCUGACCUUAUCACCGCGAAUCGUCCUGCCACGGGCCGAAAUACCAAUUUCACUAAAGAUGUUCCAACCGGAGCUGCGGAACCAAGACAUCCAGUUUGAAUACCGACUCGACCCUUCCUACAUAGACCACGGCAUCGACUGGGUCAGGGCAGAUCUCACUAGGAUUAGCCAGGUGAUUAUUAAUCUAUUCUCAAACGCAAUCAAAUUCACCGCCAAAACCAAGGGCACAAAGAGAAUCGCGCUUUGCAUGGGUGCUUCCCUGGAACGACCACCGUCAUACCCACCGAACAUCGUCUUCUUUCAAUCCGACGAGGCUGCAUUGCGCCUCGACGCAACCAGCGGGCCGGAAUGGGGCACAGGCGAACCGGCGUACAUCAUGGUCGCCGUCAGUGAUAAUGGGAUUGGGAUCAGCACUGAAAACCAGAAAAGGCUCUUUGAGCGCUUCAACCAGGCGACUCCCAAAACAGGGGUAGAUUACGGAGGCUCGGGGCUGGGACUAAACGUUUGCCGGAAACUCUGCCAUUUGCACGGAGGGGAGAUUGGAGUCAGCUCCAAGGAAGGGGAUGGCAGUACUUUUGGAUUUUUCUUCAAAGUCCUUCGAAGUUCGCGAGCAUCGCACGACGAAAAGGUAUCGCAGGAGGGUGAGUCGGCAAUGGACAAGCUGUGCAAUCGAUUCGAAUCACUUGGCCAUGAAGAUCAGGAAGCGAAUUCCGAUUCCGAUUCCAAGUUCGAGAUCUCAGAUAAGCCUAUUGUGACACCUUCGUCAGAGGUGAUGCCAAGCGCCGCAGACGAUGAAAGGACACAAAAUACGGCCAAGAUCGUAGGGACUGACGAUAGCUGGGAUGCAAAGCGACAAAAAGCUGCCGAUGGUGAUUUAUCCAAUGGAGACAAACCAGAGACAGAAUCUCCUGGACCGUCCCAAGGGGAAACUGAAAAAACACGCAUCCUGCUAGUCGAAGACAACAUCAUCAACCAGCGCAUCAUCUCUCGCAAGUUAAAAUCCCUUGGCUUUGAGGUCUCAGAAGCAAACGAUGGCCACGAGGCCCUUGAGGCAGCUCAGACAGGUAGAUUCAACUGCAUUCUCAUGGACAAAGAGAUGCCUGUUAUGGAUGGAAACGCAGCAACGAGGGCUAUCCGACAAUCCGAACAUAGAAGCAUUGCAUCCGUUCCAGUCAUUGGUAUCACGGCAAAUGUUAGGCCGGAGCAGGAGAAUGAGAUGAAGCAGGCGGGAAUGGACUGUGUGAUCCAUAAGCCGUAUAGAAUGGAAGAACUUGUGGAGAGGAUUAAUCAAGCAACCAGAAAAGAAGCAUGAUCAACGGGGACCCUUUGACAUAUUAUUUUACCGCCGGUAUCCCAAAUAAUUAAUCAAUGAGUUUGAAGAUACAAUGUUGGCAUCCUGAGCUGUAGGAGGAAUUCAGACACAUUGGGCUGGAUUGAUGUAUUCUAGGUGUAGUUAUAGCUAACUGUUAGAUGUUUGAAGCUUGCAUGAUCAUUUGCACAAGUG